UACCUUGGUGCAUCUGCUGCCUUUGCUGCCCAUUGUCCCUAGAUGAGAAACUAGCUUUCGUCCUGCUUUCUGUGUGAACGUCUCUCACGCCAAAGGCAAGCAGAGCCAUGAGGGGGAUACCACAUCUGCUGCUUCUGGCAGAGCUCGUGCUCCUGGCAAGAUGUCAAAAUCCACAAGUGUCUAUCUCACCCACACUCAAGCAGAUCUUCUCAGGGGACUUAUUUAUUCUGCGAUGUAACAGCGGGAGCGGAGUGAAAUGGUACUUCAACGGCACGGAACAAGUGCUGACAGGAGGAACCUGGAAGAUAGAAUUUGCUUCACCCAUGCACUCGGGCUUUUAUCAAUGUGAGAGCAACGGGGUAAAGAGUGACAGUUUCUACAUCGAAGUCCUCGAUUACGUCCCCAGUGCCUCACUCACCAUCAAGACAGGCCAGCCAGUGGUGAGGAACGGAGGUUCAGUUGUCCUGCAGCUUGGCAAUGAGGAUGGUCUGAAGGGAUGGAGGUGCUGGGUCUUUGACGGAGGAUCCACAUACAUGAUUCUGUUGAGGUUGAAGAAUGACAGCGUGAGAGUGGUCUUUCAACCCAACAGACUGAAGGUCCAACAGACCAUUUUCUGGUGUACUGAUACUCAAGAGCGCAGAAGUAACCAAAUCAUGGUCAGGACCUCAGAGAAGGACAUAUCGUUGGAAAUGUAUCCUCUGCCUGCUGUGGUCGGGGAGAGUCUGACUCUGAAGUGCCUGGCCUGGGGCGCCGAUCAAAUUAGCCGCACUAUUUUCUACAAAGACGAUGAAAUAAUUCUGGAUAGUCUGAGUUCUACCUACAAAAUCCCCAAAGUGACAGAACUUGCAAAGGGAAGAUAUAAGUGUGAUGCCACCUUCACAUACAUGAGGGACUCUGUCGGGCCAGCGUACAAAGUGGUCUCUGAUAUUCAAGAAGUGUUUGUUCAAGCACUUCCUAUGCAGGCAUUUCUCUCUACAAACAUUGGCAUGUCGUGUUAUUGUUCACUUUGUCCCAGUGAUAGCACCUAUCAUUGGUACCACAAAGAUUAUGGUCAGUCUUGGGCCUUUUUGGAUUCAAGCCUAGGAUUCAUGAUGCCAAAAGCGAGUGGUACCUAUGCGUGUAGAGCUGUGUGGGCCGUCGGGAGGUCUUAUCUCAGCAAUGUUCACACUUAUCAACCUCCGACCAAAUCUAUUCUAAUUGGUGUGUUCAGCGUGCUGGUGAUUCUAGGAGCAGCCGCUGUGGUUUUUUAUAUAUGGACUAAGAGGAGAAAUACCACAGGACCAAUUUAUGAGGAUGUGCCGCUAAGGUCCCGAGACACAGGUGAUGACAAAUAUGAGAUGCUGCAGAAGGGUGCCCACAGGGAGGGCGAGUACGACACCAUUCAACCAGAAGCACCAGGCAGACAGAAGAAAGAGGGUGAAUACGAGGCACUGAAGAAAGAGGAGGUGACAGAGGGGACGUACCACACCCUGGGAAUGGUGGGAGCAGCAGCAGAAGCACCAGGCAGACAGGAGAAAGAGGGUGAAUACGAGGCACUGAAGAAAGAGGAGGUGACAGGGGGGACGUACCACACCCUGGGAAUGGUGGGAGCAGCAGCAGAAGCACCAGACAGACAGGAGAAAGAGGGUGAAUACGAGGCACUGAAGAAAGAGGAGAUGACAGGGGGUGUACAACACCCUGGGAAUGGUGGGAGCAGCAGCAGGCGAGUGAGGACACGCAGCAGAAGAGAAGGAAAAGGAUUGAGAAUAUGAGACAGUAGAGGAAAAGGAGGAACAAAAGACUGCGCCAUAAAAGGAUAUGUCUCAGUAGCUUUAAUGCUUAAGUUUUUUUUACAAUUAUAACAAAAUAAGAUCCUGUUUAUAUAUAUAUAUUUAUAUGUAUGUUGCAUAGUGCAGCAGGUAGCAACUGUUGCGAUUUCUUUUUUAAUUGUAUUUUUCAAGUACAGUCAAAAUACAGUCAAAAACACCAAAUAUUGUGUCAGCUCUGAUCCUUUCAAAUAAUUUCUUCAACUCAUAUGUUUUCUCCGAUCUAAUGGCAUCAUACACAUUUUUCAUGGCAACUUUUUCUAAUGUGAAAAGUAGAUUGAGUGCUUAAUAAAACAAAAUUAUGGAAAGGGAUGAGUAAAGUCAUAUAGAUUCAUCUGUACAGACAUAGAGAAUGGUCCCAUAAUUUGACUUUUGUAUCUUAAAAUGUAUAUGGCUUACCAAUGCUUUCUGUGAUAUUCUUUUAUUUGUGCAAAUAAGAAAUGGCAUAAUAUCGCAUAUUUCUGCUUUUGCAUUCUAACAUAAAAUCACUUUGUAUAUCAUUGUGUGUGUGUGCCGAUCAGAUAUCUCUCUUGGGAGAGAGUGUCAUUCCUGUUAUGUGCUGAAAUAAACUUUUGAUUCAAUCUGGUUGUGGUUUGUAAAAUCACUUUAGCACAAAAUGUUAAGAAGUUAUAAACCU